AUGACUGAAUUUUUAAGGUGCCUAGAGCUGAUUCUUGAAGAAUUAACAAUUCACAUUACAACUGUUUGUACAUUUACUUUGUUUGAGCCAGAUAGAUUGGAAGCCGAUGUCCGCCGGUUCUUCUUCAAUAUUCAGACUCGCUUACAGCGUGGAAUACCUUCGAGUGAAGAAUCCUUACUCUUAAGGAGAGUGAACAAGACUGUUAGGAUUUUAUAUCUUAUGAUCGUUGAAAGGAAUUCUUUGCAAAAUAGAGUACUUAUGCAUUACGAACUGCAAGCUACUUCUCAUGAAAUGUAGCUCGCUCAAUAUUGACGUACAAUAAUCCUUCAUGAUUUCGUGACGAUAUCUUAAAGAACCAUAUGACACAUCUCUAUCACCAUCUAACUACAAUGAAACCCGAGAAUAAAGACACAUACACGCACGAAGACGCAAGGUCAUAUCUCUUCUACAUAGCUUAUUAUAUACAUAG